GAAGCCCAUAAGGGUGAGUCGCUAUGGUGAUGGAAGCUGAUCCCAUUGCUGGAAAGCACACUGAUGAUAGAGUACACAGCUCAACACUGAGGCCUCGGGCCGGUGGUGACGUCAUGGCUCCUGAGAGAUCCGUUAGUGCUCUGGACCUGAAUAUGGCGUAUUCCGCACCUUCUAAUUUGGUCCUUACACCUGCACCUGAAUGUCGCAAAUUAUCCCGUGGCAUAUCGCGUGCGACAGAUAACGAAGGCCUAGUGUGGGCUUUGCGAAGUAACACUGAACCCGAGCUUAAUACACUCAGCUCUGACCACAUACUGUUGCUGCCUGAUAUAUCUGUCUACCCUCCUGAUUUCAGAACAUUCAUCGAAAAGGAUCUUCUGGAGACAGCAACUCUAGUGACCCUCGAGUCGGCUAGCAUAUUAAACUGGUGGCGUCACGGUCGGGUGCCUGGGGCACCGAGAUUACUGCCAUUGGCUACUUCAGGAGAUGGAAACUGCCUGCCUCAUGCAGCGUCACUUGCAGCUUAUGGAUUUCAUGAUAGACUGCUCGCAUUAAGAACUAAAGUGCAGGCUCUGUUAUGCGGAGAAGGUGGCGAUGUGUUGACCAGAGCUAUAAAACGUCGUUGGCGCUGGUCUGAAAGCAUAUCCCUACGGUCAGCCGGUCUCACACCAUCUGAAGCAGAAUGGGAACGGGAUUGGGAAGAUGCCGUAAGAGCUGCUUCCGCUGAGCCGCGACCUAGGCCACAGGAAAACGCUGCCCCGCAUUAUGUAGGCUUGGAACAGUUACAUGUGUUUGCACUGGCCCAUGUUAUGAGAAGACCUGUUGUUGUUUUCGCUGAUGUUGCUCUAAGGGAUUUUCGUGGCGACCCCAUCGCUCCUAUCCCAUUCGGUGGCAUCUAUUUACCAUUAGAAUUAGAGCCAGAAGUAUGCAGCAAGGCGCCUAUACUUCUUGCAUAUGAUGCUGGACACUUCUCAGCUCUAGUGCCGUGUGAGCCACUGCCUACGGACGGUGCUAGAGUUCCGCUUGAAGACCAGACAGGCAACCCUUUGCCUAUAAGGUUCAACGUUGAUCCAGGUGAAGAUUUCCGUUGGGACGAAGAACCAGAUCAGAAAACAAUCAACAAUCUCUUACCUGACGAAUACCAACGUUCAGCAAUGCUAGCAGCUUAUUUAGACCUCGAACGAGUAGAAUGUUUAACACCUAAUCAACCUCCGGAAGAAUUACGAAGAUCCUUGGACGCCUUAUCAACCAAAAGUUCCAAGCAAAUGAACUCUGUUGCAAAGCAGUUUGGUAGUAUCGGAAGGUCUAUGAGCAGUAAGAUUAAAAAGAACUUCGGGUCUAUGGCAAAACUGGCUGGUAAAAGUUGUGGUAGCCAGAGCAAUCCAGAGGAUGGGUUGUCUAGAAGACAGUCUACGAGUGAAGUGUUAUGUUGCAGAGUUUUGGCUGCGCGUGCGCCGGUCCAGGAAGAAAUGGUUAAGAAUUACUUGAAUGAGGCUUGGAGCGGAUACACGCAAGAAAAGAACCGCGUGGAGCCCCCCCAGCCGUCUCAACCGCGUUAUGGCACAGGUCGCUCCCAAUUCUACGCGGAAGCCGACUUGGCGGCACACGAAGUCGCCAGGAACAUCGCCUCAGUAAAAUCUGUAUCUGUCAAACCCUCACAAGAUAGAACACUAUAUCUCUCAAAAUCUACGUUCUACGAUGAUCGCCCCCCGUCUCCAAAACCUUGUAGAGCACCUUUGUGCAUGUACUACGGCAGUUCGGCAAAUAAUGACUACUGCUCGCGAUGUGCAAAACUACAGUGAGUGCUUCCACAUUUUUAUGAUUUUUUAAUAUUUACAUUAGUGUGAUACUUUGUUUUUGAUUAUUGGUGUUGCGUUGGAGUUUUGGCUAUGGAAUUUACUGCAUGGAAAUAAGUCAUUGUCUUCAAACUAGUAUGACAAAUUAAUAUGUAUAUAAUAUUAUUUUUAAUAUAACAUAUUCGAUGUGUAACGUCAAUAUUAAUGUGUAGGAUUUCUAAACUUCCUAUGGCAGCUGCCUUACUAUUGAAACUCGAAUGUAAAAUGAUGAGAACCAAAACUCCAAAUAUUUUUGAUGUGUGUUUGAGAGAUCGUUAUAUUUUUAUAAAUGUCGUGAGAUGGCUAUUUUCUGAAUCUAUCUACUAAUAUAUUAAUAGUAGUGUAUUAUAGUACUCAAGUCUUAUGUUUCCAAAACGAUAUUUAUUCAUUGAUAAUUAAUGCAGAUAUUGUUACAAAAUGAAAAUAAAAUCAUUGAGUUUAUUUAUGUAAAAACAAAUCAUGUUUUAAUAGACAACAGUCACCAAAAUUUACAGCAUGUGU